GACACAAGCGAAUUGUAAAGUGCAUUCGAUUAAUUCACGUGUUACUUGUUGAAUUAAUUUUCGUUGAGAAUAAUAAAAUAAGAAUAUUGUUUGUAAUUAAUUAGUGAUCUACAUAUAUAAUAGAAAUGUAUGUGUGUCCAUAUUACAUCAGAAAUGAACAGCCGCAACCGAGGCUGUUCAAUCAAUUGGGUUUAGGACUGAGGCCUAAGGAUUACGUGACCAUAGUGAUUCCUCAAGGCAACCAGGAUUACUACAGGAACUGGAGGAACCUACGAGCAGCUCGGCACACAGGGUCCACAAUUAAAGCGGAGAAAGGGAAAUUUCAAAUAAAUUUGGACGUCCAACACUUCGCACCUGAAGAAAUAGCCGUGAAGACUGUUGAUGGGUUUCUAGUUGUAGAAGCUAAUCAUGAAGAGAGAGAGGACGAACAUGGUUUUAUUUCGAGGAGAUUUUCAAGAAGGUAUCCACUGCCAGAGGACGUUGACACCGAGAAUAUAACCUCGAAAUUAUCUUCAGACGGUGUUUUGACUAUCAUUGCGCCUCCAAAACCGCCGAAAGGAGAAGUCGAGAGACUUGUACCUAUAGUUCAAACCGGACCAAUUAAGAAACAAUCGGAAAGUAAUGGAGAAUAGAGUUUUAAGCUAUUGGAAUGACUGUUAAUAUUUAU